AUGCAAGUACGUUCAAUUGCCUUUGCAGGUUGCUAAUGGCAUCUCCGAGGACGCCAAAUCCAACAGCCCUUGCUGAACAUUUUCCGCCAAUCCUCCUCCACGACCAAGGCACCGAAGAUAGACUUCCUCGCACUUGAGGCGAAAUGGCAAGCGAAAUGGACGACCAGCGAAGGCAAAAUCAAAGACUGUGGGAUUUGGGAUAGGGGUUACCACCCGCUGGUACCACUAUAUCACAAGCAUCUCCGAACGCCUACUAUCCUAGACGCCCUCGCCUGGUGCACUACUACAGAGGCUAGCACUGCAGCAAGUCGAGAUAGCAAUGGCAGCCUGCUUAAUAGGAUUCUUGAGCUCGCCAAACUAGGAAGAUUUGAUAGACCAUCAGGUCUUCCAGACAAUACUUGUAUGGACAUGGAAACUUGCAUUGCCAAAUAUGGUACGGACGUGACCCGGACUUACGUGGUAUUCCGUAAACAGCUGGUGGGAAAUCAUUGGUGCUAUGAGAACGACGUUAUCCAAAUUCAGCAGUGGCUUCAGUCGAUUCGGGAAGCUACUUUGUUAGCUAACGAAUCUUACGCAUUCACACAGAAAUCUACCCCGCAGAGCCCCAGUAUCCCAGAAGCGCUUUCCGAACCAGAUCUGGACACCUGGCUGGAAUUGAACACCGACACGCCACGGUCCUGGGUUCAUAUUCCCCCAAAACAUCCCAAUAUAUUCGAUUCGUCGAUGGAAGAGCCUGAUUGUACGCUUUGGCACGCCGCUCAAGAUGCUCUUCUCUCAUGGACACAGCAGAUUGGUAGACGAAACAGCCUUCAAAACGUGGAGUCUCGUCUUGUCGCGCUGACCAAGGCCAUCAUAGCCUAUGGUGGCGAACGGAGAAAACUUCCUGACGUUCACUACCAUGCAACCCGUAUCUUGCUUUGUCUGAUUGCACCUUUUGCCCCUGCCUUUGCGGAAGAAUGCUGGGUUUCGUUACACUACGGAAGUGGUACGCCGUCAGUUGACGAGUGCGACAUAGGAUUGGAGGAGGACCUGGUUGAAGAUAAGAUUACUGAGGAGGAAUUAGCUGAGGAUAAAGAGCCACGGGAUCUUCCAAGACAGUGA